UGCAUCAUAGCUCCCACGCCCGUUCGUUUGUAAAAAGAAAAGAAAAAAACCAGGGUUACUUCGUACGUUGUAGAAAACUAGAAAAUAAGCUAAAGCCAGACGGCACAUCCCGGCGAUUCAUUACACAACAGAGAGAGUAUCCAUCAAAAAACAAGAUCAAAGUUGUGUUGGUGUAAUGGCGGCGCUCAUAAAAAACAGAUAUUGAAUGUAAGUACCAAAUGAAAUCUUGUAUGGAAUUGAAUUCGAUGGGAUCGUCAUGUUCGUGGUGGCAGUCACUUUUCUCUUCAUCCAAUGUUCACUGUUUCAAACGCCUCCAACAAUACGGGGAAAAAUAUUAAAGUUUCAGUAUUUUACAUAAGACUACAUUACACAUCGAAAACUUCACAGAUGGAAGACGCAUACACUGCCCUAAGCGGUCGCUGGUCCUGGUUGGUAGAUGCGCUGGAUUUACCUUUCACUUGAUAGGCUUGUAGGGGUUGCUGGAAUUUUAGAUUUUGAAGUUUGAUAACUUUUGUAGUGCUUUGUUGUGGCAAUUUCCCUUAUGUAAUAUGUGGGUUUAGUCAAGAUGGAAGAGUGAUCACACUAUAAGCAUUAAUGACAUCAAGGAGAGUAAGUAACAAAUUAGGUAUAUAUGGUGUGAAACUAGUUGUAUUUCGUUUAACAAGGAAUACUCUUUCAAGACUAUUCGUAGUGAUUUCAAAUACUAUGUAACUUAAUCAGUUUCAUCUGGCAAGUUUUUAACAGCAAUUCAAGCCAAAGUUAAGGUAAUGAGAUCAUCAUCACAAGAGAAUAAAGCAUUAGCAAGUCUUAAAGAGAUGGAGAAGGUUAUAGGGUAUAAGUUCAAGAAAAAGGAUUUGUUGCAACAAGCGUUUACACAUCCAAGUUAUCAAGGAGCUGAAUCAUAUGAAAGACUCGAGUAUGUUGGUGAUUCCAUUCUAAAUUUUCUAAUCAGUAAACAACAGUUCUUUAUGUACCCGAAUCUCCCACCAGGGUCAUUGACUGCACUUCGAGCUGCCAACGUUGACACUGAGAAGCUAGCGCGUGUAGCAGUUAAAUAUAACUUUCAUAAGUACCUACGCCACGAGAAUCCAAUGCUUAGCAAGCAGAUUCGAGUGUUUACGAGUGCUCUUGAAAAGUAUCCCUUUCAUUCAUUUGGGUUAAUUGAUGCUCCAAAGACUUUAGCCGAUAUUGUUGAAUCCACAAUAGGAGCUAUCUACGUUGACAGCAAUUCUUCAAUUGAUACCACAUGGGAGGUAGCUAAAGUUCUACUCGAGCCCAUGAUCACUCCUGAAAUGCUCCAACACAAUCCAGUAAGGAAGCUCAAUGAACUCUGUCACAAAAAGAAACUGAAGAUACGAUUCAGAGACAAAUGGUCAAAACAAGGAGUGUAUGAAGUUUUUAUUGAUAAUCAACUUAAAGGAAGAGGCGAGUACAAAGCCAAGAAGGAAAUUGCGUUGAAUAGAGCAGCUGAGGAUGCAUGUAACAACAUUUUGAACAGCGUGAAUGCUAAAAGCAAUGUAACUGAAAGUGAAGAAUAGGUAACUCGUAUAUUCAUAUUGACAUCUCCUUUUAGAACGUUAACAAAUUUAAAAUUCAUAUUUCAAUUACUUCCAACUUAGUUA